AUGGAAAACCUCAACAGGAGCCUUUCCCACCCAGCCACGUUUUUCCUUAUUGGAAUCCCAGGUCUGGAACAGGUCCAUGGGUGGAUCUCCCUGCCUUUCUGCUGUGUUUACCUUGUGGCUCUCCUGGGCAAUGUCACAAUUCUGCUAGUCAUCAAGGCUGAGCAGACCCUCCAGGAGCCCAUGUUCUACCUUCUGGCCAUCCUUUCAACAAUUGAUUUGGCCCUUUCUACCACCUUUGUGCCCCGGAUGCUGGGUAUCUUCUGGUUUGAUGCACAUGAGAUUUACUUUGGAGCUUGUGUGGCCCAGAUGUUUCUGAUCCAUGCCCUCACUGGCAUGGAAGCUGAGGUCCUGGUGGCCAUGGCCUUUGACCGUUAUGUGGCUAUCUGUGCUCCACUCCACUACACAACCAUCUUAACAUCCCGGGUGCUGGUGGGCAUGAGCUUGUGCAUUGUAGUUCGUCCAGUUCUAUUUACAUUUCCCAUGAUCUAUCUCAUCUACCGCCUACCCUUUUGUCAGGCUCGGAUAAUAGCUCAUUCCUACUGUGAGCACAUGGGCAUUGCAAAGUUGUCCUGUGGAAACAUCCGUAUCAAUGCUAUCUAUGGGCUCUUUGUUGUGUCAUUGUUUGUUCUGAACCUCAUCCUCAUUGGCAUUUCCUAUUUUUACAUUCUCCGUGCUGUCUUCCGCCUCCCAUCACAGGAUGCACGGCUAAAAUCCCUAAGCACGUGUGGCUCCCAUGUUGGGGUCAUCUGUGUUUUCUAUAUUCCCUCACUCUUCUCUUUUCUCACUCAUCGAUUUGGACAUAACAUACCCCGCUAUAUUCAUAUUCUCAUUGCCAGCCUCUAUUUGGUUAUCCCACCCUCACUCAACCCCAUCAUUUAUGGUUUGAGGACCAAACAGAUUCGUGAGCGAGUGCUCCAUGUCUUUACUAAAAAAUAA